AUGCCUGCAGAGAUGGCGGCUAAGCCCGGCACCAAGACGAGAGGAGAAGAUGAAGAAGUAGCACGGCGGAGGUUGUUCAAGGGAACUCGUUUGUGCAAGUUCUUUUUAGCCGGCUGCUGCUCACGUGGAGAAGCCUGCAAUUUUGCGCACGCCGUCGACGACCUCAAGCAAUUUCCCGACUUCUCCAAGACCAGGCUGUGUGAGCCUUUCAUGAAGAGUGGUACAUGUGAGCAGGGUGUCACGUGCAAGUUUGCUCACAGCCGUGAUGAGCUCCGACCAAGCUACAUCUCCUCUGCGAAGUCUAAACGGGCAGCAACCGGGGCAGCUUCUUCACAAGUUCCACAAGAGCCAGCGCAGGUGCCAGCCACGGUUGGCCAGGAAGGAGAUCAGCCGGCCUCCCAGCUUCAAUCGUUGAUGCCAGCGACGAAGGCCGGCAUCAUUCACAGCGCCGCCAUGUACACCCUGAUCUUGCAGGGGCUCAGCGGCCAAGGCGGUCAGGGUGGACAAGGACCAACAGGAGCAACAGGACCAACAGGAGGAGUAGGAUCUGGACAGGCAAGGUGUGAGUCCCUGCGGCUUCCCGUGCAGAGUACCACCGGCCAGCCAUGCCAGCCUGACAGGGUAUGCCCUGCAUCACCAUGCGAGAUAGACAAGGGAGGCUCCAACUGGAGCAGGCAGUCCACCGAAGUGGUAGACGAAGAUGGACGUCGCUUCAGCCGGCAAACUACAGAGGACCCGAACUUCUACAGUCGCCAGACCACUGCCUUUAGCCGCCAAACUACUGAGGAACCUUCCUACACCGUCAACAGCAGCCGUCAAGCAGAAGAGCCGCGACGGCCAUUGCCGCUUUCGGAGCUACUCAGCCUUCCAGAGCCCGGCGAGCCCACCGAGUCCUCUCAGCAGCCCAGCAGAGCGGUGAGUCGUGGCAGCUCCGAGUACGAAGCACGGGAGCGCUCUGAAGAGCUCAAUGUUCGCUUGAAGAACACCUUCCUCCAUUUCGAGACGGCACAAACAUCAGAUGCAAGUGCAAAGGCGAAGGCGCGCCCCUCUUCGUUGCCACCAAACUUCCUCGGGCGCGGUCCUGGAAUGAAUGGACGCUCAGGGAUUUAG